AUGAAAAUAUUAUAUACAUAUGUAUUUUUAGUAUCGGAUCCGUGUCAGGAUGAUUCAUUACAUGAUUGUGAUCCGGUAGCAGAAUGUCACAGCGAACAACCGGGUUAUUUCCAGUGCCGUUGUCCGAAUGGUUUUGCUGAUGUCUCAACCGAUCAACGUUUUCCCGGAAGGAAAUGCAAAAAAAUAAUCAAUGAAUGUGUCCUUGGUACCCAUGAAUGUGAUGAAAAUGCAAAAUGUGAGGACACUUUGGAUGGUUACAAUUGUCAAUGUAAGCCAGGUUGGACUGAUAAUAGUCCAAAUCGAGAAAACGCACCUGGGCGUAGUUGUAAGAAAGCAAAUAUAUGUGCCAGUAUUCAAUGUGCCAAAGAAGCGGAAUGUCGUGAAACUGAACUUGGACCAGUUUGUGAAUGUUUCUCGGGUUAUGUUGACAUUUCUCGACAACAUGGCAUGGCUGCAGGACAUGUCUGUCGAAAGGUAGUAAACGAAUGCGCAACUGGUAAACAUGAUUGCUCAUCUUCCGCAACCUGUAUUGAUACAGCUGAUUUGUUUACCUGUCGAUGUCGAGAUGGAUUUCGAGAUGAAAGUCCAGAUGUUGUAAAUCGUCCUGGACGUGUUUGUGUUCGAGCAUUUAUUCCGGAACCACCGGAAUGCGAUGUUAAUGAUCCGAUGAGUUGUGAUGCAAAAAAGAAAGAAGUAUGCUUAUUUGUUAAUGGUACAUACAAAUGUCAAUGUGCAACCGGAUAUGAUCGUUUACCGGAUGGUCGAUGUUUAGUAAUUAAUGAAUGUGAUGAUCAACGUCUUAAUGAUUGCGCUUCAAAUGCUGAUUGCAUUGAUCAGGCUGAUGGUUAUACUUGUCAAUGCAAAAGUGGUUUUGCGGAUAUAUCACCAUCAGGUACACCAGGGCGCAUUUGUCGUACACGUGUAAAUGAAUGCGCUGAACCACAGAAAUAUCAUGUUGAUUGUGAUUCUAAUGCUGUAUGUGUUGAUACAGAUGAAGAGUAUACAUGCAGUUGUCGUCCUGGUUUUGCUGAUAUAUCUAGUUCAUUUGAACGUUUACCUGGUCGUCGUUGUGUUGAAGCAAUAAAUGAAUGCUUGAAUCCAUCAAUGAAUGAUUGUUCAGAGAAUGCUAUUUGUGAGGAUGCUAAAGAAGGGUAUAUUUGUACAUGUUUACAAGGUUUUGUUGAUGCAUCGCCCAAUAUUACCCAUUAUCCAGGUCGGGUAUGUCAUAAGCCUAAGCAAGAAAAACUUCAUGACAAUGGUACCACAAAAGGUUCCUUAAUUACAUGCAAUCCUGAUAAACCAAACUGUGGUACCAAUGAAGUAUGCACUGAUCGUAAAGCACGUGGAAAAUUUGUUUGUGAUUGCGCUGAAAAUGCAUUCAGAUUUACGGAUAAUACAUGUCGUUUCUAUGCUGCAUGUAUUGGUGUAAAUGAUUGCGAUCAGAAUGCAGUUUGUGCUAAUGCAUUUGAUUCUUACAUAUGUCAAUGUCGUCCUGGAUUUAUUGAUAUUUCACCGGAUCCGGAAGGAAAGCCAGGCCGAAUAUGUAAAGAAUUAAUUAAUGAAUGUGCUACGGGAAUUCAUAAUUGUUCAUCGUAUGCGACAUGUAUUGAUGCAACUGAUGGUUAUAUGUGUAUUUGUAAUGAUGGCUUUGUGGAUACUUCAUCACAAUUUCAACUUGCACCUGGACGUCGUUGUAGUAAUGCCAGUAAUGAAUGUGUUGAUCAAACGUUGAAUACCUGUGAUGAAAAUGCAGAUUGUAUUGAUACACCUGAUUCGUAUACAUGUCAAUGCUAUGCCGGAUUUGUAGAUGUUUCAUCCAGUGCUAAUUUACAACCUGGUCGAGUAUGUACGGUACAAACAACCUGUCCAAAACAAAAAACUGAUCUCAUGUUUCUCAUUGAUGGUUCCGGUUCAAUUGGCUCUUAUGUUUUCAAAAAUGAAGUGCUACGAUUUAUUAAAGAAUUUGUGGAAUUAUUUGAUAUUGGUUUGGAUAAUACACGUGUUGGUUUGAUCCAAUAUUCUGAUCAAAUUCGUCAUGAAUUUGACUUAAGCCAAUAUACUGAUAAAGCAUCUGUUAUCAGUGCAAUAUCACAAGUUCAAUAUUUAACAGGUCUUACAAGGACUGGUGCUGCAAUUCAGCAUAUGGUAAUGGAAGGUUUCUCAGAGCGACGUGGUGCUCGUAAGGAAGGUGAUGACGUUGCACGUGUGAGCAUUGUUAUUACUGAUGGUCGUAGUCAAGAUAAUGUUACAGAACCUGCUAUAAACGCUCGUAAAUCGCAUAUUAAUAUGUUUUCGGUUGGCGUGACAGAUCACGUUCUGGGACCGGAAUUAGAAGCUAUAGCAGGCUCACCGUUACGAUGGUUUCAUGUUGAUAAGUUCAAGGAUUUAGAUACACGACUACGUUCAUUAAUUCAGAAAGCAGCGUGUCCGUCACCGGAACCAAAGCCACGUCCACCUGGUGGAUGCAAUCCAUCAACGCAAACUGGUUGUGAUCGUACACUGAAUGAAGUUUGUGUACAGGGUAAUAGUUCUGCACAAUGUGUUUGUCCAGAAGGAUUUCAACGGCAUCCAAGUACUCGACGUUGUGGUGGUAAUCAAUGUAAUCCGGAUUUGCCUACAUCAUGUCCACAUCCGGAAAUAUGUGUGAUUGCACCAUUUUCAAAUUAUCUUUGCGUUUGUCCAAAAGGCUAUUUGCGUGAUCAACGAUCUGGAAUUUGCUUAGCUAAUAAUACAUACAAAGUUGAUGGGAAGCAACAAAAUGAACCAACCAUAUUGUCAUCGCAUGAUGCUGACUGUCAUAAUGGUGGUGUACGAUGUGGCACAAAUGAAGAAUGCGUACGUGUUGCCACUCGUGAUUUUCACUGUGAAUGUAUCACUGGAUAUGAGCGUAACUUAUAUACGGGUCAAUGCUCUGUGCCAGGUUCUUGUGAUCCAACCUUACCGAAUCCUUGUGACGUCCGUAAACGUGAAAAAUGUAUGCCACAUUCUAGCGGACGUUAUCAUAUAUGUCAGUGUGCUAAAGGUGAAAAGCGACAUCAUGUUACCGGAAUUUGCUUGCAAGAUGAGUGUGCAUCGGGUGCUAAUGAUUGUGACAGAAAUGCUCGUUGCAUUGAUACGGAUGAUGGAUACUUAUGUGCUUGCCGGAAUGGUUAUCUGGAUCAAAGUUCCGAUUUAGUUAAUAAACCGGGACGGAUUUGUGUAGCUGAACGAGAUGAAUGCAAAGAUGGUACACAUAAAUGUUCACCAAAUGCUAUUUGUACGGAUACGGUACAGGGAUAUGUAUGUCGUUGUAAGCAAGGAUUUAUUGAUUUCUCACCAAAUCCUCAAAGCUUUGGUGGUAUUAUUUGUAAAGAAGUUGUAAAUGAAUGUCAAAAUCCAUCACUGAAUACAUGUCAUAAGAAUGCAAUCUGUAUUGAUACAGCUGAUUCAUAUAAAUGCAUCUGCAAAACAGGUUACACUGAUUUGGAUGAACUUCGAAAUCCUGGACGAAAUUGUCAAAAAGAAAGGCAUAACGAUCGAUGUAGACAAGGUAACAAUGAUUGUGAUCGAAAUGCUCGAUGCAUUGAACAUGAUGGUAAUGAUUAUGUUUGUGCCUGUACAGCAGGUUAUCGUGAUAAGAGUCCGGAUCCGAAUCGACCGGGACGAGUGUGCAUUCCUUUAAUUCCUGAAUGUGAUAAUCCAACAUUAAAUGAUUGUGAUUCACCGGAUCGUGCUAUUUGCACUGAUACUGACGAAGGUUAUUUAUGCCGAUGUCGACAAGGUUUUCUGGAUAUUUCACCAAAUAUUACUUCUAAACCUGGACGUCUUUGUAAACCAUUAGAAAAUGAAUGCGCUAAGAAAGUGGACGAUUGCGCCCAAGAUGGUGGAAUUUGUGAGGAUACGCCAGAUUCAUAUACCUGUCGUUGCGCAAUUAAUUAUUUAGAUGUAUCAUUCGAUCGUCAAAAUCGCCCAGGCCGAAAAUGCAAACGACUUGUUGAUGAAUGCCAAACCGGACAGAAUGAUUGCUCUCCUGAAGCAGUAUGUACAGAUACAGAAGAUUCAUAUGAAUGUGCUUGUCCAACUGGUUAUAUUGAUGUAUCACCGGAUACUGCUCGAAAACCCGGAAGACGUUGCUUACUGAGAAUUAAUGAAUGUAAAGCAAAUCGUCAUGAUUGCUCACCGAAUGCAGAUUGUAUUGAUACAGCCGAAUCAUUUAUGUGUAAAUGUCGAGAUGACUUUGUGGAUGAAUCACCGGAUGUUACAAAUCGUCCGGGACGAUUAUGUCGACCGGCUUUAAUUGAUGAAUGUCGCCUUGGGAAGCAUGACUGUCACGAGAAUGCUAUAUGUCAAGAUUUAACACAAAGUUAUACCUGUCAUUGCAAACCUGAAUUUAUUGAUCAGAGUCCAAAUCGGGUUGCAUUACCUGGACGAUUGUGCAUACCGAGACCAACUCCGCCACCGGCAGAAUGUCGUAUUGAUGCAAGUGCAUCAUCCUGUAAACAGGAACUAAAUGAAGUUUGUCGUUUAAUUAAUGGUCAACCAAAAUGCGCCUGUCCAAUAAACUAUAGUCGUGACAAAGUAAAGAAUUCCUGCACUGUUAUAAACGAAUGUGACUUCCCUCAACUGAACGACUGUCACCCGAGCGCAGAUUGUAUUGAUGAACCAACCUCGUACACGUGUCGCUGUAAACAAGGUUUCAAGGAUAUAUCAUCCAGUGAUAAGCCAGGACGUAUCUGUCAACCACAUAUUGAUGAAUGUAAACUACCACAUCUUAAUGAUUGUCAUCAGAAUGCGGUAUGUAUCGAUAAAGAAGAUGGUUAUGAGUGUAAAUGUAAUCAUGGUUAUAUGGACCGGAAACCGGAACGACCGGGUAGAUUAUGUAAGAAAAUGAUCGAUGAAUGUGCAAGAACAGAACUUAACAGCUGUGAUAAAAAUGCAAAUUGUAUCGAUGAAGAAGAUGGCUAUCGUUGUGAGUGUAAGAAUGGAUUUUUGGAUGUGUCACCGUCACCAACAUUCCGUGGUCGUGCAUGUCGUGCACUCAUUAAUGAAUGCUCUGAUCCUAAAUUAAACGAUUGUGAUAAGACGGCAAAAUGCACUGAUACCACUGAUUCUUAUCAAUGUGAAUGUCCACCAGAUUCAAAAGAUAUCUCUCCAAAUCCGGCAUUUCCCGGUCGUGUAUGUCUUGUUUUUGAAAAUGAAUGUUUGACGGGUAAACACGAUUGUGAUCCGAAUGCAAUUUGUCGUGAUAAUGAGCAAUCAUUUACAUGCGAAUGUGCUCAUGGAUUCACUGAUCGAUCACCAAAUCGUCUCAAUCGACCGGGACGUGUCUGUGUGGAGCUGAUAGAUGAAUGUACAAGUGGUAGGCAUACGUGUAGUGCUCAAGCGGAAUGUCGUGAUUUAGAGGAAGGUUAUACCUGUGAAUGUAAAGAUGGUUUUAUUGAUCGAUCACCUAAUUUACUUACACAACCAGGACGAGUAUGUGGUACACCAGAAGUUUGUCCAUCAAAUCAUGAAUGUAGUUCAGCAGCUGUAUGUGAACCUCUUGGUGGUAAUAAAUAUGAAUGUACCUGUAUUCAAGGUUAUGUAGAUCAAUCACCGUCCGAUAAAAAAGGACGUAUUUGUGUUCGAAAUAGUGCAUGUCGAGAUCCACGUUUGAAUAAUUGUUCACGUAAUGCUAUUUGUUAUGAUGAGCCAAAAGGUUAUCGUUGUGAAUGUGCACAUGGAUUUGUUGAUCGUUCAGCUGAUGGAACACAAAAUGGAUAUGUUUGUGAACCACCUGCACCAGUUACACCACCACCAAAGCAUCCAUGCCAAGAUCCACUUCUGAAUGAUUGUCAUCCGGCUGGAACAUGUCGUGCAACAGGAAAGCAAACAUAUACUUGUGAAUGCUUACAAGGUUAUGUAGAUCGUUCACCGGAUACUCGUAAUAAGCCAGGCCGUAUUUGCAUUCUUACUGAACCGAUUUGUUUGGAUGCAAAUCAGAAUGAUUGCCAUCCGGCUGCUAUUUGUAGUGAAACACAAAAUGAUGAAAAGUAUACAUGUCGUUGUCGGGAUGGUUACAUUGAUCAAUCACCGGAUAAAAUUAAUCGACCGGGACGAAUUUGUGUUGAACAAAUAAAUGAAUGUUUGGAUCGUUCAUUAAAUGAUUGUCAUCCAUUGGCUAUUUGUCAAGAUUUACCGGAUGGUUAUACAUGUCGUUGUCCACUUAAUUCCGUUGACCAAUCACCAAAUCCAAGUAGACCUGGCCGUAAAUGCUUUCAACAAAUAAAUGAAUGCCGUAAUCCAUCAUUAAAUAAUUGUUCACGUUUCGCAGAUUGCAUUGAUAAGCAGAAUGGUUAUGAAUGUCAUUGUCGUGAUGGUUAUCAUGAUGGUAAUCCAAAACAUCCUGGUACCACAUGUAUUUACAUUAUCAAUGAAUGUGAAUCAGCAAAUUUGAAUGAUUGUGAUCGUCAUGCGGAAUGCAUUGAUCUGGAAGGUGGUUACGAAUGUCGUUGUAAAAAACCGUAUCAUGAUGAGUCACCAUCAGGACAACCUGGACGAAUAUGUCGCUUUAAUGAAUGCUCAGUCUCGACCGAUAAUACAUGUGAUAAGAAAUUUGCUGUUUGUGAAGAUUUAGAUGAUGGAUACACGUGUCAUUGUAAAGCUGGAUAUUAUGAUAAUUCACCGAAUACACAGGAACCGGGCAGAGUUUGCAUUGAAUUUCAAAAAGAAAAAAUUACAACAAUUUUACCACAAGAUGCACCACGUAUUGAUGGAAUAUUAUGUGGACGUAACAAUUACUGCGCAAUAAAACGUAAUGAAGUUUGUGUUGGUGGUGUUAAAUGUAUGUGUCGACCAGGUGACGCACGUGCGACAAUAAAUGAUCGUUGUGAAACUGUCGAGCGUAUACCAUUUUCAAUUCGUAUUCUUAAUAAAGAUACUACAACAUUAUCAUAUAGUUCGGAAUAUGGUAGUAGCGAUAGUGCACCAUACGUUGAGAUAACGCAUUUAUUCUCGAAAGAUAUUGGCCGUGCGAUGAGUAGUACCACGUAUGGGACACGUUACGUAACCACGGAUGUUAAUUAUAUUACACAUCCAAAAACUGUUAAUAGCUCUUGGCCAGAUGGCUUACUGUUUAACUUUUCGGUGGCACUUCUUCCAAGUGGAACACCAACUGAUAUUUGCAAUUUGUGGGAUCAGUUAGCAAAAUCAAUUCAACGAACAAAUGGUGCCAUUGGUGGUGGACCACUUCGUGUAGCAUCUGAUUAUGAUCAAUUAAAUCCAUGCAGACCAAAGUUACCACAUGGUGAAGUAUGCGGUACUAAUAUUUGUAAUAAUGAACUUGGCGAGGUAUGUAUUGCUGGAUCUCUUUGUGGUUGCACACACGGUGAGAAGCGUUCAUCGCCAACCGAUAUUUGUAGACCGGUGGAAGCUUGGAAUAUUGUUUUAUGGGUAAUGCGAAAAAUGAUGAAAAAUUGA